AAUAUAAAUAAUGCCACUCACAAUUUCUCAGCUGUGCUGACAGUGACAGAUUGACGGUGCAAAAUAUGCGAUAAAUACACUUUUCUAGCGCCUGCAGCAUCAAAAGAGGUGAAUCAUAUGUAAAUGGUUUUAUUAAUUUCUACAUCAACUUGAACAUGUGAGCUAGACUGUCAGAGUGCAAAGGAUUGUGGGUAAACCGUUCUCCUUACAGACUUUGAAGAACCGCAGGUGAACGUGAGUUACUGUAGCCCACAAAAUGCUGAUGUGCCCCUUUAAGCAGGGAAGGAACUAGUAAGACAGGGAUGAAGGUGACCCGUAAGAGGAUGGCUGUUAUUCGUUUACAUCGGAAGGUCGUCUACGCUGCCAUUCUUCUCUUGUUUGUACCCUUCCUGGUUUUGAUUUACUACAGUACUUCUGAACACCAUGAAGCAUCAAGAGAAAGUAAGAACCUGCUUGGCUUCAACAGCCGAGAAGCCAUCUUAGCGGACAGAGUCAAGGAAAUGGAACAUGAGAAUCAGAUGCUACGCAGACAGCUCAGUAUAUCUCAGAGUCAGUUGCAGCAAACCUAUGAGACAUACCAGCAGGUCUUGGUGGAGAAUAAUAAUGUUUCAGGGGAUCCCGUCCCUCUUGAGAUGAACCGAUCAUUGCCUGUCAAUUGCGUCAACGCAGAUCCCAUUCCCAAGUGUGAGAGGAUCCACGUGUCGAUCGUUUGUGCCGGUCAUAACGCGAGUCGCGAUGUCAUCAUCCUCAUCAAAUCGAUCCUCUUCUACCGGAAGAACCCCCUUCAUUUUCAUUUCAUCUCGGAUGAGAUGGGGCAACAGAUCCUCUCCACGCUCUUCAAGACAUGGGAUGUUCCUGGAGUAAAAGUAAGCUUCUACCUCGCAGAGAAUUAUAAGAGUCAUGUUGAAUGGAUCCCUAAUAAGCACUACUCAGGCCUGUAUGGAUUGAUGAAGUUACUUCUCAUUGAGAUACUACCACCAACUCUGGACAAGACGAUAGUCCUUGAUACGGACAUCACCUUCGCCAGUGACAUCGCAGAGCUCUGGGGUUUGUUUCAGAGGAUGACAAGUAAGCAAACCCUGGCCUUGGUAGAGAACCAGAGUGAUUGGUACUUAGGGACCCUCUGGAAGAAGCACAAGCCCUGGCCCGCAUUGGGUCGAGGGUUCAAUACUGGGGUCAUCCUUCUGGACCUUCAAAAGCUACGAGAUCUGAAAUGGAUGCAGAUGUGGCUUCUGACGGCAGAGAAAGAGUUAAUGAGCCAAUUCUCAACAGCUCUCGCAGACCAGGACAUUAUCAAUGCAGUUAUCAAACAGCAUCCCUUCCUGGUGUAUACCUUGCCUUGUGCCUGGAAUGUUCAACUUAGUGAUAAUACAAGAAGUGAGUUGUGUUAUAAUGAGGUCACAGACCUGAAGGCAAUACAUUGGAACUCACCCAAAAAGCUGAGGGUCAAGAACAAACAUGUUGAGUUCUUCCGCAACCUCUACCUGACCUUCCUCGAGUACGAUGGCAACCUCCUCCGCAGGGAGCUGUUUGGAUGCACAGAUGGCAAGGCUAAUAAUACUCUUCAUGAAAAGUUAAGCAGCUUAGAUGAGGACGAUCAAUGUUACGAGUUUAGGAGAGAGCAACUUCUCAUGCACAGAACACAUCUCUACUAUCUUGACUACCAACAACCUAAAUUCUUGGACACCGAUGUGACGUUAGUCGCUCAGCUCUCAAUGGACAGACUACAGAUGCUGGAAGCUAUAUGUAAACACUGGGAAGGUCCCAUUAGUUUAGCGCUCUACAUGUCUGAUGCGGAGGCCCAGCAGUUCCUUCGAUAUGCCCUCAGCUCAGAAACCCUGAUGGCCAGAAAGAAUAUCGGCUAUCAUGUUGUUUAUAAAGAUGGGCAAUUUUACCCUGUGAACUACUUACGUAACACAGCCAUGAGUCAGGUGAAAACUCCUUACAUGUUUCUGAGUGAUAUUGACUUUCUUCCCAUGUAUGGACUCUAUGACUACCUUAGGAAAGCUAUAGGAAUGCUGGAUAUGGCCACGGCAAACAAGGCUUUAGUAGUUCCAGCGUUCGAGACGUUACGCUAUCGUCUCAACUUCCCCAAGUCCAAGGCGGACCUACUUCACAUGCUUGACAUGGGGACUCUCUUCACCUUCCGUUACCAUGUAUGGCAGAAAGGCCACGCCCCUACCAACUUCGCCCGCUGGAGGACUGCCACCACACCCUAUCAGGUUCAAUGGGAACCGGACUUCGAACCUUAUGUGGUCGUCAAGAAGGAUUGCCCCAAAUAUGAUCCUCGGUUCCUUGGCUUUGGUUGGAACAAAGUCUCUCAUAUAAUGGAACUGGAUGCCCAGAGCUAUGAUUUCAUUGUGCUUCCCAACGCUUUCAUCAUUCACAUGCCCCAUACACCUAGCUUCGAUAUUGCCAAGUUUAGAAGUAGUCAACAGUACCGAACGUGCCUGCAAACAUUAAAGGAAGAAUUUCAGAGAGACAUGUCUAAAAAAUACGGCUUCGCUGCUUUGAAAUACGUUGCCGUGGAAACAUGACACCGUACAGUGUAACAUCAGUAGAAACACCCCUUUUAUAGAAAUGGUACAUCCCAGAACAUUUUAAUGUACGAUGGACAACAUUGAGUACUAUUGAUGCUUCAGGAACAAAUGGAAUUACACGUAUGGAGUGCCAAAACGACAUCACAAGAUCUUUUUGCAUUUCAGCAUUUUGGGUGCCAGAUGGUGCCGGGAGAGCGUGAUGUCAAAGAUCUACCAAAUUUGUUGGCAAUUGGUUCAUGGGUGCCAAAGAUAUAGCUGUAUGAAUGUCAACUUAGCUCCAUUUAAAAUGAGUGUAAAUUAGCAUAGCUCCUGGUGUUGUGGGCCAGCCCAAUUUACACCGAUCUCUAUGGGAUCCCCAAGGUAUUAACUUGGCUGUUCCUUGGGCCACCGUGAUAUAAUUUACCGGUAUGCUAAAUUUUGUGUUUGGAAAUUUGUCAUCAUGCUCUUUCAACAUAAGUAUUGGUCAUGAAUAUGCUGAUGUCAUGCUUUGGUGCUCUAGAGCAGCAUAAAUAGUGAUGAUAUUGUUACUACCCCGUCAGGAAUAAUGGUAGGAUCCUAAAAAACGUUUUAAUAUGAUGGUAGCAUAAGCCCUUCACGAACAGUGGAAAAAUAUGCAAGUAUUGGUCAAUAACCUUGAUAACUAAUGAGGCUUCAGGAAGCUUGUAGAACGAUUUGAAUAUGAUGGUAGCAUUGCCCCCUUCACGAACAAUGGUAGGAUUAAGAAAAAAAGCAAAAAUUGCUCAAUAACCUUGACAACUAAUGAGGCUUCAGGAAGCUUGUAGAACGAUUAACAAUGUCUGUGGUGAUAAUGGUAGCAUUACGCAUUUCAGAAAGAAUGGUAGGAUCCUAAAACAUUAGAAUAUGAUAAGGAAAAAUUGCGAAACAACCUUGACAACUAUUGAGGCUUUUUGGAGAUGAACGGAACUAAAUCAUUACAGAAUUUUCUACAAAGAUAGGAUUUCAAGUUCAGCUGAUGUUGAUAAAAUGAUUAAAAAUUUGAUCCAGGUUGUAGCAAACCACCAAAUCAAACAGCCCUUGAAAUCUCAUGAACAAUGGAAUGUAUUGAUGAGGAGGAGAGGAUAUAAGCAUUAUUCUAAUUUGCUUUCUGAGUAUAUCAAGCUUUCACUGAUUUUAUAUUUAACUUCCUCUAUUUAUUCCUCUAUUUAUUUACGGCAGCCAAGCUACAGCUGGGGUAAUAAUAUCCAAGUCCUUUGGAAGCGCAUAGAGACAUUAUUCAUAAUUGUGAUAUGCGCUAUACAAGAACUGUUUAUUAUUAUUAUUAUUAACAAGUGAAUUGUCAGAUUUCCAUUAUAAACAUUGAUAACUCAAAGCAAGUACAAGUUAAACCUCUUCAUUAAUAUGACAAUAUUCUUCCUUUUGCAAAUAGGAUUUAUUGU